AUGGCAGCCCAGGGCGCAGAGGAUGGAGAAGAAGACCUGGAGGACGAGGAAAAUACCGACCACGACUACGCACAGGAUCGCGAGAACGAUGGCGAGUUCGAGGCGACCGAGGAGGAUUUGUUUCAGGGUGGUCUAUACGAACCAUCCGUCCGGAUUCAAGUCCAGGGGAGUGAAGAAGGGAGUGAAGGGCCGGGAGGCGAUGGAGUGCGCCCACGACCCGGAUUCAGCGGGGAUCGUGGAGACUACUACAUCGGCAGAUCCCGCGCCAAGCUUCCGCGGCAUAAGGAUAAGGAGAAGGAUGAGUGGUUGCAGCUCUUGGAUCUCUUGAGGCUUCACAUUUUCCCCUGGGUCGAGGAGGGUUGGAAGAAGGACGCUAUCUUUCGCACGACCGCCGAAGAGAAGAUGCAGAAGAUGCACCUCUUCGCCAAUAUGCUCAGGGAGGAGCUUGGGAUUUUGAGAGGACGUGAAAUGCAGUUGGCGAUGGAGAACGCUGAACUGAGGGAGAAACUCGCCGCUGAGCGAGAGGACAAGGCUCGGGUCAUUGCAGAGUUCGAAGCAUACAAGAGGUCUGUUGCGGCGUGGACAGACAAUGCAAACGCCUCUGCAGAGGUCGACGGAUCGUCGAAGAACUCGGGAGUGGGUGCAAGCCAGGCAGCGGCCAGAUCCAAAGCACCUGUUGCGGUGGAAGAUUUCUUCUUCGUGGUCGUUGUGUCUUGGCGCGAAGCCGAAACUGUUGCUGCUGCCUGGAAACUGUGGGUGCAGCCAAGCCAGAUCAUGGGCGGAAAGACAUUGGCCGAAGUCUGGGCAGAUUUCGGCCGGGAUAGGAACAAGAACAACAGUUUCAUCACCGCAUAUUCCCGGUUCGCGGCGAAAGGUAAGUCCGACAUGACUGUGGGUGCAUGCGAGCGAAAGAUGCGUCGCGUGCUUCGUGUCAUGGUCUCCGUGGAGACGUUAAGAAAAGACAGCUCCGAGGCGGCGACUGCAACGGCCGUUAACCUCCUGGACGAGGUGCUCGCCUUGUGCAACUUCACCGAAUUCACCAACGGCCUGGCGGUGCUGCAAGAGACACCGCCCAACAAGAAACAGAAAACUGGUUUGUCGACGGAAAAGAUGACCGUCAACGACUUGGCGCAACGCAGAGUGAGCUGGCUGCUAGUCAAGAAGGGCCUGCGCGACAAGGAGUGGGCAACAUCGCUGUUUGGGGAUGCAGAGUGGGAGGAGAUCCACAAGGAACAACUGGCCAAGGAGGAGGCGGAAGAGGAGAAAAAACGAACCGCUGCGGCGAAGAAGGCGGAACUGGAAAAGGCGAAGGGCGAUGCGUCGAAACGCUAG